AUGAAUGUCUCCCGACCCCACCAGUUCUUACGCACCGCGACAACCUCGCACUGCAUUCCCGAAGAGCCCAUGGCUUCUUCAUUGCCCAAGUCCACGGCUCCGUCACUCACCUACUCUUCUUCUUCCGACGAACCAGAAGAGCCGCCCAUCCGCCCACGACGCGCCUCCACAAAAUUGAUCUCACAAAGUGCCGCAGAUGUACAAAGGCUCAUUGGUGAGCCUGGCACGAGGCUGAUUGAGAAGUGCUGUGGAGGAGGCUGUUGCAUGACUGCCGCAAAGACCGACAAACUCACAUUCCAACGAGUCCCUCUUCCCGACAACGACGCCUUCCGAGCCUUGCAAUUGAAGGUGGGAUUAGUCCCUACAACAUUUUCCAAUCUACCGGAACUGCCACCAAAAACUUACUCCCUCGAGCCGGUCAAGAAUGCUGCUGCCGUUACUCCAGCAGUGGACUCGAUUUCUGCAGGCGAAGCAAAAGACAAUUCAAUUGAUUUUACCCCACAUCCGGUCGAUCCUCCGAAAGUCGAUACCUCGAUCCAUCCACCCAACUUUGUGCAGCCACACCCUCCCUACAAUUGCUACUCUGCGAAGAUCUUCACUGCUCGGGAGCUUACAAGACCGGGUGCUGAGAAGAGAACAUACCAUUUUGAUCUCGAUGUCACAGAUUACCCCGAGGAAUUAGGCGUUGAUUUCAAAGUUGGAGGGGCGAUUGGGGUAAUGGCACCUAAUGAAGACGCACUGGUAGACGAACUACUAGAUCAACUUCUUGUUCCGCGAUACCUACGUGAUCGUCCAGUUCUGCUAAAGACAGAGGGUGGUCGCUGGCCUACAGUCUGGGGCGCGGAAGAAGCACGAGAAAUUAUCACUACACGACGAGAUCUCCUAACUUGGUGCAGCGAUAUCCAAUCCUACCCUCCUACCAAGCCUCUCCUCCGCCUGUUGGCCGAAUACGCUUCCAAUCCGAAUGAGAAGAAGAUCCUGCUGUAUCUGUGCAGUGGCGAAGGACAAAAUGUAUUUUGUGAUUUCCGAACAGGACCACAUGUUACCAUGAGCCAACUCCUUCACGCCUUCCCAAGCAGCAAGCCACCUCUCGACCACCUGCUAUCGCACCUCCAGCAACUUAUGCCAAGAUUCUACUCUCUCUCCAACGACCCACACGACUCCUGUGUCCCUAGAGCCGGCUGCUCCCGUCUCGUUGAGAUUGCCGUCACCGUCCACGAAACACCCAACUGGACAGGUGAAGAACGUACCGGACUUGGAAGUGGAUUCUUCGAACGUCAAGCCAGAAAGUUCAUCGAGGCAGAGAAGAGAGGCGAGAAACCUGACCUUAGAAUCCCCAUGUUCAAAGGCCUCAUGGCGAACCCACUCGCCAAGGAAUUUGUCUCCGAUGGUCCUAUGCUGCUCAUCGGUGCCGGUGUAGGUGUAGCUCCAUUCCGAGGCUUCGUUCAGAGACGUCUGAAGAACGCAAAUUGUGCAAAUAAGGUCUGGGUUCUUCAAGGCGUGCGAGAUUCGCUACUGGAUGAGCUGUAUUCCGGCGAAUGGGGCGUGCAUGAGGAUGAGGUUAAGAAAGUGGUACAGAGUCGAAAGGGCGAGGGCAAGGGAAAAUAUGUUCAAGAUGAAGUACGCGCACAAGCCGAUCUUGUCUGGUUCAUCAUCAAUAGUUUGGAUGGGCGAGUCUUCGUCUGUGGUUCCAGCAAAGGCAUGGGCGAAGGUGUUGAGGAGGCCCUGCUUGAUGUGGCGAUGAUGAACGGGAAUGUCAGUCGGGAGGAGGCGAGGGAGUUUUGGGCAUUGAAAAAGGAAGCUGGACAGUAUAUUGCCGAGACGUGGUGA